GAAGCUUUUCCGCCAAAGAAUGGUCAUCGUCCUCUCAUGAAUCCAGACCUUCAUUCAUGGAAUCGUCUUCUCCGAUCAUGCGCCGGUCACAGCUCUAUCUCUCUUGGAAAGCAGGUUCAUUGCCUUCUCAUCAAAGAUGGCUCCAUUUCCUCUCUCUUCCAUUCCAAUCGCAUUCUCCAAUCCUACGCCCGGUGCACCAGCAAUGCCGCUCUGGAAGACGCCCGCCAACUGUUCGACGAAAUGCCGCACAGGAACUGCUUCUCUUAUAACACUCUCAUCGACGCCUACUUCAAGGCCAAUGAUUCCAAGAGUUCUCUACAGCUUUUCGAUGCCAUGAUUGAGAAGAAUGAGUUCUCUUGGAACACCAUGGUUACUGGUUUAGUGAAGUUUGGUGAUAUUGGUAAUGCUCGGAAGGUGUUUGAUGAUAUGCCAAAGAGAGAUGUAAUUGCUUGCAAUUCUAUGAUUCAUGGGUACGUUCAAUGUGGGCAGGUUCAAGAAGCUUUCAAGUUGUGUAAAAAACUGGAUUUUGAUUCUCCUUCCCCAUGCAAUGAUGGUUUUGUAAUGGCGACAAUGCUCAGUGCUUGCGCCGAUUGGUUGCUUUAUCGCUUUGGCAAGCAAAUUCAUUCUCGUAUUUUGGUUCACGGAAUUGAGGUUGAUUCAGUUCUCGGAAGUUCACUGGUUAACAUGUAUGGGAAAUGUGGAGAUUUAGACGAUGCUCACCGGGCUUUGGAGUCGAUGAAGGAACCAGACGAGUUUUCGUUGUCAGCAUUGAUCACCGGAUAUGCAGGAAAUGGCAGACUUGUUGAUGCAAGAAUGAUUUUUGAUUGUAGAACAAACCCAGGUGUUGUUCUAUGGAAUUCUAUGAUUAACGGGUAUGUAUCGAAUUACCAAGGAGAAGAAGCAUUGCAUCUCUUCAUAAGAAUGAUCAGAGCUGGAAUUCGAGGUGAUUUUUCAACUCUUGCUAAUGUUCUUAGUGCUUGUGUGAGCACAGGCAUGCUUAACAAUGGCAAACAGUUGCAUGGUUUUGCAUCAAAACUUGGAUUUUUGCGAGACAUUGUUGUUGCAAGUGCUCUCUUGGAUGUUUACUCUAAGUUUGGUUGCUGGGAGAAUGCUUGCAUGAUUUUUCGGGAUAUCAAAGUUCAUGAUACAAUUUUACUGAAUUCCAUGAUCAAUGUGUACGCAAAUUGUGGCCGAAUCGAAGAUGCUAGGCGGGUUUUUGAGAUGAUACCGAACAAGAGCUUGAUCUCAUGGAACUCGAUGAUAGUCGGUUACAGCCAAAAUGGUUAUGCUGGCGAAGCAUUAGAGCUUUUCUGCGAAAUGCGCCGUGUUGAUCUCCGGCCUGAUAAGGUGGCAUUGGCUAGUGCUGUCAGUGCUGCUGCUUCGGUAUGUUGUCUAACACUUGGGGAAGAGAUCUUCGCUCUUGCGAUGAUUCUUGGUCUCGUUUCAGACCAGAUUAUGUCUACUUCCCUUGUUGAUCUUUACUGCAAAUGUGGUAGAGUUAGUGAUGGGAGACGAUUAUUUGAUUCGAUGAUUAAAUUUGAUGAAGCUCCAUGGAACUCAAUGCUGAUGGGGUAUUCAAUGAGUGGACAUGGAAUAGAAGUUCUUAGGCUCUUUGAGGACAUGAGAAAUGCCGGUGUUCUUCCAAAUGAAGUGAGCUUCAUUGCAGUUCUGUCUGGCUGUUGCCAUUGUGGGAUAUUGGAGGAAGGAUUGAGAUGGUUUCAAACAAUGAAAGAAGAAUAUGGUAUUGUGCCAGUAGCCGAGCAUUAUUCAUGCAUGGUUGAUCUGUUAGUACGCUCUGGACAAUUGGAGGAGGCUGUGAAUUUCAUCGAACAAAUGCCAUUCCAGUUUGAAGGUGAUGCUAGUGUGUGGACAUUAGUUCUCGGGGGAUGUAAAGCUCAAGGAAAUGAGUUCCUUGCAUGUAAAGUGGCGAAGAAGCUCAUGGAGCUUAAUCCUUCACAGUCUGGUCCUUAUGUGCAGCUAAGUGGAGUAUACGCAUCCCAUGGGGAGUGGGAAAGAUCAGCAGUGAUUAGAAGAAUGAUGCAAAAGAAAAGGAUUGAUAAGAAUCCUGGUUACAGUUGGAUUGACAAUUGAAUAAAAAAUUUUACAGAGAA